AUGGAAGGCGUCGAACGUCCAAAUCAGGUCCAUGCUACGCUUGAAGAAGCACGUCAUCUCGAGACGGCGACCGUCUACAUGAUAUACUAUUUGCAGGCAACGCAUAGCGUGCCACAAGAAGAUAGCAUUGUGCGUCUCGGACAGCGGUGGUCUAUGCCGCGGUCACAUCAUAUAGGGAGGUACUGCCAGGGUCGAGAUGUUCUUAGCACCGGUAACCAGUACCACGGCACAGCACUGUAA